GCGUUUGCCUCCUGGUCGUAGAUGACCCGGAUUUCUCUGUUGGAAGAUUCGUGGGGUAUCGCCCGUGGUGUGUUCUGUCCUCGGCGUUUCCGAGUGGCUCUGGAGGCUCCAGCGCGCGUGGUCACAAAAUCCCAGGCUGGUGCGCGACUCUCCUGGCCACCCAGCCUUGUGGCGGCCUGCGCUCAAAACACCAAGCCCGACUCUUAACGGGUUUACUGGGUUCGAAUUUGCAGCGAUCCUCCUGCAUUGACUUCUGAGUGCUGGGAUUACAGGUGCCCUAGUAUAAGCUCCAGCACAGGAUAAAAAGGGAGGAGAAAGGAAAAGAGAAAAAACAUACUGAAGAAGAGUUCUUGCCUGGGAAAAACCAGUUGAUUUUUACCCUAGGAAUCUUUGGAAGUGGUAUCUUGCAGCUUAGGACCUCGAGCCUGUGACAAUGGUGUGCAUUCCUUGCAUAGUCAUACCGAUUCUGCUCUGGAUCUACAAAAAGUUCCUGGAGCCAUACAUAUACCCUUUGAUUUCGCCUUUUGUUAGUCGUAUAUGGCCUAAAAAAGCUCUACAAGAGUCCAGUGAUAAAAGUAAAAGUCAAGUUGACUGUAAGGGUGCAGACAUAAGUGGACCAACAAAAGGACCAACAGAAAUCUGUGAUAAAAAGAAAAACUAAUGCCAUUUUCCCAAAGGAUCUCAAUUGUUUUAAAAAUGGACCUGAUAAUAUAAAGCACCUUUUUCGUAAUUAUCUCUGACCUUUUCUCUGAGACCAGAAUUCAGGGUAGACAGUUUAGAUAUUCACCUGACACUAAUCAGGAAAUACAUAGUAUUUAUAUUUAAAAUAUAUUUAGUUGUAUUUAGUGACUUCAUUUCUAGUUCCUUGUUCAUUAAAGUAGCUCAUUUCUAUUAUUGCCUUUUUUGAGGAUUGGAACAAAUUGAAGGUUUGUGCAGUAGACACUUUGUUACUAAAUCAGUACUUAAAAUCCUAGAGCCUGUAGCCUUUGUUCAUAUGAAUUAGACUGCUGCACACUCUAAUUUUUGUGGGUUUUUCUAAUUUGAGUGGAGUAAAUUUUACCAUAAAACAUGAUAAUGAUGUGAAAUGUAAUGGUAUAAUUACUAUCCAACAUGGCGGAACAGUUUAUCCAUGAGAAUAAUAGUUAUUAUUUAUUGUUCUAAGAAAGGUAGAAAAGAUGGAAAUAGGAAACUUAUUUGAAAAAUGAAACAUCUUCUAUGUAAAUAUUCAGUGAAUAAAUUCUAACUUGCAUUCCUUCUAUUCCUACAAAUACAUUAAACAUUGUUUAUCUAA